AUGGUCAACGGCAACAUAGACAGCAUCCAGCAAGGCCAGGCGGACUCAAAUGCCACAGGACAGACCAUCAUGAGCUCGCUACCACCCGAAAUUGCACACAUCACUGCCAACUACUACCCUCUACCUUUCAUUCUCCAGCGUCUGGCGCAGAAGUCACACAAUGAACUGCAGUUAAGGGUAGAGGAGCUGGCGAGGAUGCCACCUGGCCAGGGCGCAGCAGCCAAUGGCAACCCAUCUGGAUCUGGCGAGGACAGCUCAGAGGAGAAUCAGAAUAAGAAGGCCUUCCUCCUGAACUUCCUCAAUGAACUGCACGCCAAAUGGACCAAAGCACUUGUCAUGUCAGAAUGGAGCAGGAAGUCAGGUCAAGUCAGCAAGCUCGUUGACCUCCACUCCCACAUUCUAGAGCAACUGGCAAAGUACAACAUAGUCCUCGAUCGCAUGGGUCACGUCAAAAGGGGCAUCUAUGACAUUCGACUACCAAACCCCGACAUCAAGACAGCAUUGCAGGUAUUGUCCACAGGACGAGCUGACUGGAUGCCUGGUAAUAGGUUCAUCCCUCCACCUGCUCUGAAAGCUGAGGAGAUCCAGAAAUGGUUCGGCGAGCUGAAUACGUUAUUGUCCUUUCGCUUGACCCUUCAUGACUAUGACAAGAUACCUUACGAAUUCAGAGACUUCACCGUCAAGGACGGCCGUGUCACGUUCAAGGUGCAGGGAGAGUUCGAGGUUGACCUCACCAUCGGGAAUGACGACCCGGAAAGUCAAUGGUGGUUCAUCGACUUUCGUUUUGACUUUUCUCCAGCGCCUCAAGAGCUUACCGACAAGGUCCGCCACUUCAUGACGAUGAACGUGAAUGACGUCCUCGGCCGUCAGGGUCUGAAGGGAUGUUACGACUUUCUCCAUGGAUAUGUCUUGACACACAAGAUCCGCGAGCUGCAGCGACAGGCUGUCCUGCUCAGUCAGCAGCAUUGGAUCAACCACAUCAAGGUAGAGCCCUUGAACAGGGCGCUCUGCAUACAGUACUGGGCGCAGCGCUACCUCGGCACUGGACCCAAACCAGAGGCCAAUGCUGGACCCAAAAGCUGGAUCAUCAUUGGCGUCAAUAGUGGUAAGACGCCAUCUGCGGAUUCGCUGCCUAGUCUUCAUCCGACGAGCUACCUCACAAUUCGAUGGUUCAGAGACGGCAAGGAGGUCACAGGUGACGCAGAUCUGUCAUCGUUUGGAACAGAGACGAUCUCUGCCGAGGAUCUUCUGAAUCGAAUCAUCUGCAAGCACGUCAGCUAUAUUCUGAAGUCUAUCAGCGACAAGUUGAUGUCAAAGCCACGCUAUGCGAGCCGUCAGGUCUCCGUCUCAAUGAAGCUCCACAAGAGCGAGCCAUCAGAGUCGAUUCUGGUGAUACAACUGACGCAUUCGGAGACACUGAGUGUGAAGAUCAACGGCGUCACCGGCAAUUUCUAUCUGGAGCCUACCAAACCCCUGAUCAGUCGGAGAGAGGCCAUCCUCAAUCUUCGGGGUAGGGAUGCUGUAGAGGACAGCUUUGGCCAGAUUGAGCACAUUAGGUGCGAGAGUCUGUUUGAAGAACUUGUUCGGCUCGGCAGGGCUAUGGGAUGGGUCAUGUGCAAGCGACCAGUCCUCCCAGACGAGGCCAAGAAGCUGCACCCCUCCAGAGAGUUCUACCAACUCCUCUGGCUCAGGCGAGAUACCUGGCCCUCCCCUUGGUACGUGGUGGUUUGUGUGAGCUUGGCCGGCGACAACUGGUGGCUCGUUGAAGUUGUGGACGACGGCGCCAACCCGGCCAAAGCAGCCCCGUCAACUGCUCCCAACAGAGUGGCGAGCCAACUGCCAGAUGGCAGGAACAACAAGAUGCACAACCAGCCAAAUGCCCGCAUCAAGACGUACAAGCCUCUCACAAUGCCAGUGAACCCUAAACUGUCGACCGAUUUCUUCUCGAGACUUACAAAGAUGGUCAACGUUGCUAUGUGUGGAUUCAAGGAUUCUCCACCAGACUACCAUGGCGUUGGUAAGCCUGAGUUUGGGUUCAAGCCGGUGGACAACCCUUAUCUACCUCCUGGCCGAAAGAUGCCAGGGAUGUUCUACAAGACUGCGGCGGUCAUGAGGCAAUUACCAUCUCGAGAUGGUGAGCGGACGACCAGACCGCUCAAGACGUCGUGGGCCGGCGACUAUGUCACGAUGACGUACCGAGAGGAAGUCGAAGGCGCCCAAGGGCGGCCCGAGAUCAUCCAAGACGUCAAGGUGAAGGUCAAAGACAAGUCCAUGUUCUCACUGAUCAAGAAGAAGCACGUCGACCGCGACGUCCGCUACGAUGCGCAGGCCGGCCAAUUCGUGAUGCAGAUACAACGUACGAUGGACAGUUCUUGCAUCCCCCUUAUCGCCACCCGUCUGAAAGCUAUAGAUCGCCUUGUCGAGUUCGUGAGCUCGAUGGGCGACCGCGCCGGCGGCGUGAAGUGUGAGAGUGUCACACUGCGCAAGUUCGUCUUCACCUAUGGUGAGGCCGGCAGCGACGCGUCGACACGAGACAAACGAUGGAAGGUGACGCUGGACCUGGCCAAGCACCAGGAAAUCAAGAUCCAUCUCGAGGCGGGCAGUCCUCAUACACGCAUCCUGGACAUGCUCAACAAGCUCAUUAACUCGCAGAUCGGCAUGAAGGCGCUACCUCGCUGUCUGCAGGCCACGCUCCCCCUCCACCGAGUGCUCGAUUCUCUGGAGGCUACCUGGGCUGUCCUGUCUGAAAAUGGCCAGGGCUUCUUCGAGGUUGUACCACAUGCCCUGGACUGGAUAACGGUUCACUUCGAGCUCGCAGCUGUGGCGAACAACAAAUCUCCGCGCAGACUGCGGCUUAGCGUCAGAGUCAGGACGCGAAACGGCGAGGCCUGGUGGGAAGUGCAGCGGUACGGCCGGGAGGGAGGACAGCGCGAUGAGCUGGACGAGGUGCUACAGCCUAUAUUCACCAGCCGCAUCACGCCUGAGGGAUGGCAAGGCCUCGAUACUGCCGUUGUCGUGAAGGUCGGAGGCGGCGGCAUCGAGGCCCUCUUGAGCAAGAUCAGCGCUGCUGUCAAGGCAUUGGCGACUGGUGUUCCGGCAACUGCUGCUGCUAUACAGCUCAACAUGGCUUCGUCCCAAGCAGCACCGAUUGUGUUGGAUUAG